AUGAAGACUCCUUACUCCUUGUCCUGCCUCCUCCUCUUCAGCUUGGGAGCCUGCGUCCCUCCCGACGCCAGAAAGGAGACGGGAGAGCCAGGGGACGGGGUCCGGUUUGAGACAAGCUGGCAGGAAACGGCAGACGACACCUCCCCGAGCGGCCUGAGGCAGCGGAGAUUUGAAGACCUCAGCUCCCUGUUCAGCGUGGCCAAGGAGCUCCAGGGCUUUGGCAAGGAGAGGGCAGGCUUCAGGUUCAGGUUCGGGAGGCAGGAGAGCCGGGAAGAGGAAGGCGAAGGGGUCGGUUUCCUGCGGGGGGACGGCGAGAAGCGCAGCGGCACCCUGGGGAACCUGGCAGAGGAGCUCAAUGGCUACAACAGGAAGAAAGGGGGAUUCAGCUUCCGCUUUGGCAGAAGAUGAAGGACUGGACUUGACUGAGUCACCCCCGGGGGGAUCUUACCCUUUACUCUGCCCUUCCCAACUCCUGCUAUCUCCAGCCAAAGAAGUGCUCCAGGUCCCAUCCUUUUCUACCCUGCCAGCUAGUUUCCCUUGGAGAAGAGGGCUGGGGGAGGUUGCUAUUUUUUGGUACCACACACUCUCCAUCACUUUCAACUCUGUCCCAGA